AUCCAGAGAUUCCGAAACCCCCGAGCGUGGGACCCUGACCUGGGAUCAACACCCUGAGUGAGAUCCUGCCGUGGAACCUUAAGAUCUGGACAUUGAACUUCAAUACCUGGGGCUGGAGUCCCGAUACCCAUCCCUGGGACCCCAAGAUUUGGAAACUGAACCCCAUGGUUUUGGAACAUGGACCCCAAGAAUUGGAGCUGGGACCCCAAGAUUUGGCAUUUAAGACCCCAAAUUUGGAGCUGAACUCUGAGUUGUCUGGCUGAUACCUUGACAUCUGGGAGCGAAUUCCCAAAUCUAUACCUGGGACCCCACGGUUUUAGGAGCUAAACCCUGGGAUUUAGGCCUUCAAUUCCAAGGUUUGAACCAUGGAAUUCCGAGGGGCCUGAAGUCCUUGUUGCAGACCUGAGUGCUGAAAUCUGGAGCAGAGACCUCCAAGUCUUGAUUCAGCACCCUCAAAUCUCAACAGGAUCCCGAUAACGGAUGCCAGUCUGGACUUGGGACUCAGACCCUAAACUUUCCCAUCUGGCUGUUGGGCAUCUCAAGCCUGGCACUGAGAAACACUGAUGGAAACAACUCUGGGGCCUCGGUCUUUAAAAACUGGACCCUAGAGGCCCAAUUUUAGUGGCAUGGGGCCCCAAGCAUCAAGUUUGGAGACUCCAUAACCAGAGAUUUGAGCUGAAACAGGACAGUUCCUCCACAGAGGCCUUGGGGGCAGGAGAUGCCCCCUCCGGAGUUCUGACCUCUCACCCCCUUGGAGCCUGAGGACUCUGCUCCCUGGGGUGGCUUCCAGCUCAGGCCACCCCUGCCCGCGAUGGCCGUCCUCCCUCUGCUCCUUUGCCUGCUACCGCUGGCCCCUGCCUCAUCUCCACCCCAGCCGGCCACGUCUAGUCCUUGUCCCCGCCGCUGCCGCUGCCAGACCCAGUCGCUGCCCCUAAGUGUGUUGUGCCCCGGGGCCGGUCUCCUGUUUGUGCCACCCUCACUGGAUCGCCGUGCGGCAGAGCUGCGCCUGGCGGACAACUUCAUCGCGGCAGUGCGUCGCCGUGACCUGGCCAACAUGACAGGCUUGCUGCACCUGAGCCUGUCCAGGAACACCAUCCGCCAUGUGGCAGCUGGCGCCUUCGCCGACCUACGUGCCCUGCGUGCCCUGCACCUAGAUGGCAAUAGACUGACCUCGCUGGGCGAGGGUCAGCUUCGCGGCCUAGUCAACUUGCGCCACCUCAUCUUGAGCAACAACCAGCUGGCAGCCCUGGCGGCCGGUGCCCUGGACGACUGUGCCGAGACCCUGGAGGACCUCGAUCUCUCUUAUAAUAACCUUGAGCAGCUGCCCUGGGAGGCUUUGGGUCGCCUGGGCAACGUCAACACGUUGGGCCUUGACCACAACUUGCUGGCGUCAGUGCCUGCUGGAGCCUUUUCCCGCCUGCACAAGCUGGCACGGCUGGACAUGACCUCCAACCGCCUGACUACCAUCCCACCCGACCCACUCUUCUCCCGUCUGCCACUGCUUGCGCGGCCCCGAGGUUCGCCAGCCUCUGCCCUGGUGCUGGCCUUUGGGGGAAACCCCCUCCAUUGCAACUGUGAGCUGGUAUGGCUACGCCGCCUGGCUCGGGAGGACGACCUCGAGGCUUGUGCCUCUCCUCCUGCCCUAGGGGGCCGCUACUUCUGGGCUGUGGGCGAGGAGGAGUUUGUGUGUGAGCCGCCCGUGGUCACACACCGCUCUCCUCCCCUGGCAGUGCCUGCUGGUCGGCCAGCUGCCCUGCGAUGUCGGGCGGUAGGGGACCCAGAGCCACGAGUGCGUUGGGUGUCACCCCAGGGUCGGCUGCUGGGCAACUCCAGCCGCGCUCGUGCCUUCCCUAACGGGACUCUGGAGUUACUGGUCACUGAGCCGGGAGAUGGUGGCAUCUUCACUUGCAUCGCAGCCAAUGCCGCCGGUGAGGCCACUGCUGCUGUUGAGCUGACCGUGGGCCCCCCUCCACCUCCCCAGCUAGCCAAUAGCACCAGCUGUGACCCCCCGCGGGACGGGGAUCCUGACGCCCUCACCCCGCCCUCUGCUGCCUCCGCCUCCGCCAAGGUGGCAGACACCGUGGCCCCUACUGACCGUGGCGUCCAAGUGACUGAGCAUGGAGCCACGGCUGCUCUUGUCCAGUGGCCAGAUCAGAGGCCUGUCCCAGGCAUCCGCAUGUACCAGAUCCAAUACAACAGCUCGGCAGACGACAUCCUUGUCUACAGGAUGAUCCCAGCGGACAGUCACUCAUUCCUGUUGACCGACCUGGCAUCAGGCCGCACCUAUGAUUUGUGCGUGCUUGCCGUCUAUGAGGACAGCGCCACGGGGCUGACAGCCACACGGCCAGUAGGCUGCGCUCGGUUCUCCACAGAGCCUGCUCUGCGACCGUGUGCUGCGCCCCACGCACCCUUCCUGGGCGGCACCAUGAUCAUCGCACUGGGAGGUGUCAUCGUGGCUUCAGUUCUCGUCUUCAUCUUCGUGCUGCUUCUACGCUACAAGGUGCAUGGUGGCCAGCCACCCGGCAAGGCCAAGGCCGCAGCACCGGUCAGCAGUGUUUGCUCACAGACCAACGGAGCCCUCGGCCCGGUGCCCAGUGCACCUGCCCCUGAGCCUGCUGCACCCAGGGCCCAUACUGUGGUCCAACUGGACUGUGAGCCCUGGGGGCCCAGCCACGAACCUGCAGGACCCUAGCUGGGGGCUCACCUCUGUGGUUCCUCUGGCCCCAGGGACAGCAGGAUCCAGACAUCCCUCGGGACCUGGCCUCAGACUCACCAAAUUGCUCAGUUUUUAAAACUCUGAUGGGGAGGGUGUC